CGUGACCUACGAGAUGAGAAGGCCUUCCAACUGCGUCAUCAACCCCUCGUGACGUCACCAUACUUCGAUCAUUCCCCGCGACAUGCGACACUUUCAUCUUCGUUUGUUUUAGUCAGGCGUACUAGUAUUUUGAUUUGGAUAUUUGUAAGCGAAAUUCAUUCUUAUGCAAUUAAUUAUUACAAAAUUUUAAACAAAUUAUGCCUCAUCCAUGUUGUGUACCAGCAUGGCGAGGGAAUUACAAAAAUGGCCCAAAAGUCAGUGUUUUUAGCUUCCCUAAAAAUGACGCAUUGAGAGAAAAAUGGAUUCGCGCCAUUAAAAGAGAGCAUUUCAGUCCUACAAAACACAGCAAGGUGUGUGAAAAACACUUUAGUGAAGACCUCCUUACAACUACAUCUGCCUAUGAUAAGGAAACGGGCCUACUCAUAGAAGCCGAACUAAAGAUUAAGAAAUUAAAGCCUGAUGCAGUACCAUCUCUUCAUCCAAAUUUACCGAAGCACUUCUCUACCACAGCUGUUAGUAAUCGAGAAUCU